UGUGUGCAAGAGCGAUGCAUUCACAAAUGAUGUGACGUACCCAACUUUAACACUUCAGCAGCACAUGUCUUCCAAACAGGGCGAAGUCUUACAGAUCUUGCUGGUCUGUCUAUAAUCGUAUUUUGGUCAACCCAUGUGUUUUUCAUAAGAUUUAAAGCUAACGACGUGAGAAUGCCUGAUAAACUGGCCCAGCAUUGAUAUCUGAAGCAUCGUCGACACAAAAGUAAAUAUGGGGAACUGCGGCUCUUUUGAUCCUGAGGAUGAAGAAUUCUCCUACCAUCCAGACGAAUGGUGCGACCAGUGUAACUGCCCAAAGCCUCCAAAUCAGACUUUUGAUCCUCUGAUUCCAUAUCCGUCCCAGUACACACCUCCACCAUCAUCUCCUCUGCCAGAGAACCUGGUGGUAGCCAUAUAUAAAUAUGAACCGAGCCACGCCGACGACCUCGGCUUUGAGAAGGGGGAAAAGAUGAAAAUCCUAAACAUGGAUGACCCCGAAUGGUUCAUGGCAGAGUCUUUGUCUACUGGUCGUAAAGGAUACAUACCACAGAACUUUGUAGCAAAACUGAACAGCAUGGAGACAGAACCGUGGUUCUUUAAAAACCUCUCCAGGAAUGAUGCCAUGAGACAACUACUGGCCCCUGGUAAUACACAAGGCUCUUUCCUUAUCAGAGAAAGUGAAACCACACCGGGUAGUUUCUCAUUGUCUGUAAGAGAUCUGGAUCACACGCAGGGCGACGUCAUCAAGCACUACAGAAUCCGAAAUCUAGACUCGGGCGGAUUCUACAUCACCACCAAGAUCUCCUUCACCUCCCUCUCAGAAUUGGUCAAACAUUAUUCACGAGAAGCCGAUGGUCUUUGCACGCGUUUGGUGAAGCCGUCUCAGACCCGAGCUCCUCAGAAACCCUGGUGGCAGGAUGAAUGGGAGGUGCCACGUGAAUCUCUCAAACUGGAGCGCAGACUGGGCCAGGGACAGUUUGGAGAAGUGUGGAUGGGGCUGUAUAACAACAGCCGUCGGGUGGCUAUCAAGAGUCUCAAAGCGGGCACCAUGUCCAUCAGCGCUUUCCUGGCUGAAGCAAACCUGAUGAAGACCCUGCAGCAUCCACGACUGGUCCGACUCUUUGCUGUGGUCACACAGGAGCCCAUUUACAUCAUCACAGAGUACAUGGAGAACGGCAGCUUGGUGGAUUUUCUCAAGACUAAAGAAGGUUCCUGUUUAUCCAUCAAUACGCUGAUCGACAUGGCUGCCCAGGUCGCAGAGGGAAUGGCAUUCAUAGAGCAGAGGAACUACAUCCACAGAGACCUGAGAGCUGCCAACAUUUUAGUAAAUGAUGAGCUUAUAUGCAAGAUUGCUGACUUUGGCCUUGCCCGACUCAUUGAAAACAAUGAAUACACAGCCAGAGAAGGUGCAAAGUUUCCAAUCAAAUGGACAGCACCCGAGGCCAUAAACUACGGCACCUUCUCCAUCAAAUCAGACGUCUGGUCAUUCGGAGUACUGUUGACAGAGAUUGUUACCUAUGGAAGAAUCCCAUAUCCAGGAAUGACAAAUCCGGAGGUGAUCGCAAACCUGGAGAAAGGUUACCGUAUGCCUUGUCCCGAUAACUGUCCUGAAGCUCUCUAUAAUGUUAUGAAACACUGCUGGACCGAGCACCCGGAUAGCAGGCCAACUUUUGAGUACCUGCGCAGUGUCCUGGAGGACUUCUUCACUGCCACCGAGAGACAAUAUCAGGAACAGAUCUGAUGACAUCAUUCAAAUGAUAAACAAUGGAAUUAGUGAGCAGUCCAGAGGAUCCCAAUAAAGACUGAAAAUGUUUCCAAACAUUUCUUUAGCUAAAAGAAAACUAAUAUUGACUGUUCAAGGAAGCCAAAUACUGAGAUUACUUGUUUUAGCAUUUAGACAGAAAUAGGAAGUUUGCCAAGGCGAGCCAAACAGGAAUUCUGACAGCUGUCUUGUGAAUGAAUGCUUUGCUUCAUGUUACGUGAGCUUUUACUAUUUUUGCUUUUUGAUCUGAGAAUUGUCUUGUAAAGUAAGAUUUUGUAUUUUUAUAAAAAGCAGCAUGAACUGUCAAGCAAGUAAAACUAUCUAAAAACUAAAAGAGCCUCAUUGAUUUAAA